AUGCCGGACAUCGAGGAGCAUUUCAGCACCCAUGGCUCUGGUAAGAUCACGGAGAUCAAACUAAUGAAUGGCUUCGGUUUCAUUGAAUAUGAGGAUGCUAUGGAUGCUCGUGACGUCGUGCCUGCCUUCCACGGCAGCGAUUUCAAGGGUGAACGACUGACCGUGCAGUUUGCGCGUGGUCCUCGGCGCAAGGAGAACUUCCCUGGUCCUACGGACCGCCCCGCUGCUCCUCGCCCACGCCGCACUAUGUUCCGGAUGCAGAUUUCCGGUCUUCCUGAGACAAGUUGGCAGGACCUCAAAGACUUCGCCCGUCAGUCAGGACUGGAUGUCGUCUACUCGGAAACUGGCCGUGAACAAGGAAGAGGUUUUGUUGAAUUUGAAACCGCCAACGACCUGAAGACCGCCGUGGAGAAGUUGGACCAGCGCGAAUUCAAAGGCUCGCGCGUGACAUGCGUUGCCGAUGUAAGGGAACCACCCGACCAGGAAAUCGCAAAUGGAUCCCCGUCUGAUCAACCCCAGAUCCAACCCUUCGAAGAGCGUCCCUAUCGUGACCCAUAUCGGUCUCGCUCCCCUCGCCGGCCCUACCCUCCCAUGGAUGAAUACGAACGGGGAAGAUUCCCUGCGCCCCGUGGAUACAGUCCCCGGGAUCACUAUCGUGAGCGGUCGCCACUUCCCAUUCGCCGUGACUACUAUGACCGCGAUGGAUAUGGCCGCCGUACUCCCCUCGUCCUCGGAUGGAAGACUACCCACCCCCGCGUCGUCCCUACGAGGACCCUUAUGAUCCCCGGGCUCCGCCUCCCCUCGCCACUACGAUGA